UCAUAUUCCCUAUCACCCACCUGAAAUAUAGUCAACGCCGACACAUCAGCUUUAAUCAUUGGUUCAAACCAAGGUCAACAUGCUCUCGUGUGACAUAGUACAUGUUUUCGUAGUCGCUAUACUUUUGGUUGACAUCUCUGUAGCAGCGCCAUUUCAAAUCCGGCAAGCCACCUGUUCUGACCACCUUUCCUUCUGCGAGGAUUUCAAGGGCUGGGGGUGUGGCGGUCAGUACGAGGAGUGGGCAAGCUUUAACUGUGCCAAUACCUGUGGAUACUGCAAUAAGAAAGGUUUCGUUAUUCCGCACAAUCCCUUCACCGUAACGCACACUGUGCCCUCGCAUCAAUGCGUUGACAAGAUCUCUAACUGUAAAGAGUACGGCCUGUCAACAUGUACCCUGUAUAAAGCAUGGGCUCAGACCAACUGUGCCUCCAUGUGCGGCCUUUGUGAUUUAGUCAUCGGCUAAUGGAAAAAGGAGGAGUGAGACAAGAUGGUGUGUUCCCCUUAAUAUAUCAAUGAGUCGGCACAAUAAAGCUACCGUUUGUCACGUGA